AUGAUUUUUCAAAUACUAUUAUUUACUUUUACUCUAUCUAAUUGUUGUACUAUAAAUUCAAUUGAUAAAAAGAUAAUAAGAGGAAAUUAUUAAGAUGUGCUGAACUUUCGCUAAAUUAAUUUAAUUAGUACAAGAAAUACCUAUUUUGAUGGUGGUUAAAUGAACUCUUAAUUAAAUCGAGAUGCUAUUUAUUAUGUAACUAAUUAACUUGGCUAUACUUAUUGCAGUCCCUAUAAUUCCAUUGAAAUUCGUUUCUUUAAGAAAUAUGAAAUCAACACCAUUGUUAUUCAAAUUUGGGAUCGAUAUGUUGAUGUGCAUUUCGAUUUCUAAGUAUAUGUUUCCUUUUUAGAUGAAGAAAAACUGGUUUAUGAAAAUACUUCAUUUGCAGGAGUAGUUAGAAUAAGAUUUGCAGAUCAAUUCGUUGAUAAAAUUAGAUUUUACAAUAGAGGAGCAUCUAAUUACAAUAUAUAUCUAACCAUUAUCAAAGCCGAAGCAUUCUAUAAUUUAGAUCAUUGA